ACGCCAGCUUCCUCUUGCUCCUGGUUCUACCUGCAAAAGUGAGUCAGCUAGGAAGAAGUGCAUUGAGGCUGUGCCAAGAACCCCAGGGACAAAGGGAAUUCAGAAGCUGGCUGGCUUGCUUGCUAGGCAGCCCUGGUGCAAGGGAAUGAAUCAAUAUUUAUUCUUGGAGAGGCUGGGUUCUGGUUGACUAAAACCACAGUUACUUUGCUACCAGCUGGAACUCGCCUAAGUUGAAUGUCCUUUGUUUGGCGCAGGCUGUUCUUCCAAGCUGUAGGCAGAGCAAAGACACGGCAGCUGCUUCUCAAUUGUCCUGUUGUCUUUUCAAGGGAAGCCAGCGAGUUCAGCUUCCACUGCUCCACUACCUAUAGCUGUCAUUAAAGCGAGAAGAUAUAAGCCCAAAUGCACAGUCUCACAUUCCAAGGGAUUGUGUAACCUUAGCCCUUGGCAAAGACUGCCAAACUCCUUGUGUUUUCAAACAAUGUUGCUUGCAAACAUCCACAGGACAUUUUAAGGCAACUCUGUUUAUCACGCAGGCACACCCCAAUACCCCUAAAGGCAGUUCCAGGGGAAAGGGGCAUCUAUCUGCAACAACAAGUUAAGUCCUAGCGCUCUGUGCCUGAGAGAUAAAGAACCACGUGAGCAUGUACAGUACUGCCUGCUUGUCAAAAGUCCCUGGAGCUCAGCUGGAGUGUGGAUUUCCCUCUAGACAGUGAAGGGACAAUCUGCUUAACCCAGGCAACAGAGGAAGACAGGUAAGAAGUGCCAUUUGCCUACGAGGACCAUGGCUAAGAAAGUUGCCAUUAUCGGUGCUGGAGUGAGCGGCUUGACAUCCAUCAAAGGCUGCUUGGAGGAAGGCCUUGAGCCCACUUGCUUUGAGCAAAGCAGUGACAUCGGGGGACUAUGGAGAUUCACAGAAAAGGUGGAGGAAAACAGGGCUAGCAUCUACAACUCUGUCAUCACCAAUUCCUCCAAAGAGAUGUCCUGCUUCAGUGACUUUCCAAUGCCUGACCACUUCCCAAACUUUCUGCACAACUCCAAGUUCCUGGAAUAUUUGCGACUGUAUGCAAAGCACUUUGGUCUGCUGAAGUAUAUCAGGUUCAAGACCACCGUCAUCAGUUUAGAAAAAAGCCAAGAUUACAGUACCACUGGCCAAUGGACCAUGGUCACAGAGACAGAUGGAAAACACGAGUCAUUCAUCUUCGAUGCUGUCAUGAUCUGCACUGGCCACCAGAUAGAAGCAUACACCCCAGUGGAGUCUUUUCCUGGUUUUGAAAAGUUCCGGGGGAACUAUUUCCACAGCCGAAAUUACAAAAACCCUGAUGGGUUCAAUGGGAAGACUGUUGUGAUCAUUGGGAUGGGGAAUUCGGCUGCUGACAUCGCUGUGGAGAUCUGCAGGAAGGCAAAGAAGGUGUUCCUCAGCACAAGGGGAGGCACCUGGGUGAUGAGCCGAGUGUAUGACAAUGGCUAUCCUUGGGACACCAUCUUUCACACUCGCUUCAAUGACAUGAUCCGAAAUUCUGUCCCUUGGUUCCUUUUGCAAUGGAUGACAGAACGGAAAAUGAACCAGUGGUUUAGCCACGAGAACUAUGGCUUGGUGCCUCGAAACAGAUCCCUGAUGAAAGAGCCAGUGUUCAAUGAUGACUUGCCUAGCCGUAUCCUCUGUGGUGCUGUGAUGGUGAAACCACUCGUCCAGGAGUUCACCGAGAGCUCCGUCAUUUUUGAAGAUGGAACUGUAGAGGACAAUGUGGAUAUUGUCAUCUUUGCAACAGGCUACAGCGUUGCGUUCCCUUUUCUGGACAAGUCGGUGAUCAAGGUGGAAGACAAUCGGGUCCCGUUGUAUAAACACAUCUUUCCUCUUCAUCUGGAGAAGCCAACGCUGGCUGUUAUUGGCCUCAUCCAGCCCCUUGGGCCUAUCAUGCCCACUGCAGAGCUGCAAGCUCGCUGGGCAACCAGAGUCUUUAAGGGGCUAAGUUUGCUGCCUUCAGAGAGCACUAUGGUGGCUGACACCACCAAGAGGAAUGAAAAGAGGAUCAAAUGGUUUGGCACCAGCCGCAGCCAGUCAAUCCAAACAGAUUUCAUUGAGUACCUGGACGAGCUUGCUGCUCUCACAGGAGCAAAGCCACACCUGUUCACGCUCCUGCUGACAGAUCCCAAGCUGGCCUUGACCACCUUCUUUGGACCCUGCAGCCCAUUCCAGUUCCGCCUGAUUGGACCAGGGAAGUGGGCUGGAGCCAGGAACGCCAUCCUUACCCAGACACAGCGGAUCAUCAAGCCCACAAAAACUCGAACAGUGGGCAAUUCUUCGAGUAACGCUCUGCUCUCCCUGCUUAAAAUCCUCGGCUUUCUUGCUCUCUUGGUUGCAGUUUUCCUAUCCAUUGGUCAGCGCUGAGCUCUACCCAAUGAUGCAGCAAUGGCAAAUUGCUGCUUUACUGAUGCCUGCCUGCUCUUCAAUGCAUCUAUAGGGGUCACACGGGGGCAACUUUAAUAAAUAAUAAUAAUCAUACAUUUUUAUUUAUACCCCACCCUCCCCAGUCAAAACUGGGCUCAGGGCGGCUCACACCAAUAAAAUUACAAUAAAACAUAAAAAGCAAUUAAUUAAAAUACAAAUUAAAAUACAAGAUUAAAAUUUAAAAUGCAGCCUCAUUUUUAAGUAGUCCAUAAAUCCAAGCCAUGAGGGAGGAAAACACAGGGGUCAGACUAAGUCCAACCCAAAGGCCAGGCAGGACAGCUCUGUCUUGCAGGCCCUGCGGAAAGAUGACAAAUCCUGCAGGGCCCUGGUCUCCUGUGAGAGAGCGUUCCACCAAGUUGGGGCCAAUACUGAAAAGGCCCCGUCCCUAGUAGAGGCCAAUCUAGCCACCUUAUGGCUCGGGAUCUCCAGAAUGUUGUUGUUUGUGGACUUUAAGGUCCUCCGCGGGGCAUACCAGGAGAGGCGGUCCCGUAGGUAUAUUUGCACUCUCAAACUUGUGUCUCGCUUAGGGUCUCCUGUUUCCUACAAACUUUGCAAACGGAAAGGAGGAAAUGUCUGGGAAACAAUGAAAUGGGAACAUACAGGCAAAGUAUGGAAGGGCAAAUCUGUCAAUUUCGGUUUCUCUUGAUUUCUCAUGCGUUCCUAUCAAGUUUACUUUGCACAUAUCCCGAUCAAUUUGCUUUUUAAAAAAGUGUCUCGUGAAAAUUCAUCAAAAUUUUUUGUGAGCAUUCCUCCUAAUACAUUUUUGCUAGGAUUUUCCCCUAUGCUAUUUCCGCAAAUAUAUGCAUUUUAAUGCGCACCUUCUCCCAAUGGUGUUGUUUUCCAACAACAACAGCAAAGUGAACAAAGGGGCAUAUAUUAGGAGAAGCGGGAAUUUUUGAAGGGUAGCUGUUUCAGGACCCACAAAUUAGGCAGGUUUGCCUGAAAAUGUGAACUGAAUGGGCUUCCUUCCCAUUUCUAAUAGGAAGUCAGGGGGAAAAAAACCACACACACACACACACACACACACACCAGGGAGAAUGGGCUAGUAAACCAGCUGACAAGAUCAGCAAGGUCUUGUGCCUUUUAGAAUUGUAGCUUUUUAUUUUUAGAAAAGUAUGUUUCUGGUCCUUUGAAGGGACAUUUGAACUGUGUGGUCCAGGGGUCAGCAAACUUUUUCAGCAGGGGGCCGGUUCAUUGUCCGUCAGUCCUUGUGGGGGGGCAGACUAUUUUUUGG